AUGGAAGCUAUUGCAAGUCGCAAACGAAUCAACCCCCCUAAAGACGCCGUACCCAAUGCGCUCGCAGGCAAGGUAGCCCUAGUGACGGGCUCUUCGUCCGGCAUCGGGGCUGCCAUUGUUAGAGAACUCUCAGCUCGAGGGGCUUCGGUGGUGAUCAACUAUGGAUGGCCCGAGUUGGAACGCGCUGCGAACGAUCUCGGGGAAAGCCUGUCGAGCCCCUGGAUUGCCGUGGAAGCAGACGUAUCGACCACGAGCGGCCCCUCUCAUCUUGUGCAAGCCGCCGUGGACAAAUUCGGGAAGAUCGACAUCGUCGUCAACAAUGCAGCCAAAGCAACACUCGCUAAAGUAGAGGACACAACCGUCGACUUAUGGGAUGCAUCAAUGUCAACCAACGUCCGCGGACCAUUUUUGGUGUGUCAAGCAGCGUUACCGCAUCUCCCACCCAAGUCGGAGGGCGGCGGCGGCAGGAUCAUCAACAUCACUUCUGCUGUAUCGACAGACCCUGAGGUUCAACAAUUGGCGUAUGCCACCAGUAAGGGUGCGAUUGCGACUCUUACCCGUUGUCUGGCGAAAGAUUUACCACCUACCUACGGAUGUACGGUGAACGCAGUGUCUCCUGGUAUUAUCAAAUCGCCACAGUUCCUUGGGGAAUUGCAGCGAACUGGCGGCGCCUUUCUGACGCAGAUAUUCGAUGCCAGGACUCCGGUGGAUGGAUGGAUUGGGUUACCUGAAGAUGUCGCUUUUGCAGUGGCAUUUUUGGCGGAGGAGAGAGCAAGCUGGAUCAAUGGUGCCAGUUUGAAUGUCUCUGGAGGAAUGUUUCUUGAUUGA